AAACCGUGACAGGAACAGCAUCACGGGACUCACUGCACGUAAUAGAUUAAUAAAAUAUUAUAUGUAACCUUUCUGUACAUACCUGCAAUAUAAGACAGCAUGUCUAGACAAUCGAACAGAGCUGCAGACAACAAGAAAAUGAAUUCUGAACUAUUUACCCUCACCUAUGGAGCCCUGGUCACUCAGCUGUGUAAGGACUAUGAAAAUGAUGAGGAGGUGAAUAAACAACUGGAUAAGAUGGGAUACAAUAUCGGUGUGCGUCUGAUUGAGGACUUCUUGGCUCGGUCAAGUGUGGGGAGGUGUCAGGAUUUCCGAGAAACGGCCGAUGUCAUUGCAAAGGUUGCCUUCAAGAUGUAUUUGGGUUUCACCCCCAGCGUUACCAACUGGAGUCCUGCUGGAGAUGAGUUCUCUCUGAUCCUUGAAAGCAACCCUCUUGUAGACUUUGUAGAGAUUCCUGAUAACCACAGUAAUCUGGUGUACUCCAGCCUUCUCUGUGGAGUGCUGAGAGGAGCUCUUGAAAUGGUUCAAAUGGCAGUGGAUGUGCGUUUUGCUCAGGACACGCUAAGAGGUGACAACGUGACCGAAAUCCGCAUUAAGUUCAUCAAAAGGAUUGAGGAGAACAUGCCAGCUGGGGAUGAAUGAGGCGAUUUGGCAAAGGAGGCACUGGCCUUUUUGACCUGAGACUUUUUAUGUUGGGUUGUCAUCUCUGAUGGCAACCUCUUUGAGACCUUUAAUCAAUAAGGUGCAUCUUAUUUAACCCCAUCCUUCUUACACAAAAACUCAUGUACUGCUACCAGAAUGCUCUCCAGAGUUCACCAAUGAGAAGGUUCUCUGUUGCUGUUGUAAGUGUUCCAUCCAGAUGUUCUGCCCAAAUCACUAAGAUUAUCAUGGCCUUUCCAUCUGGUCCAUGUUAUUUAAUUUAGGCAGAUGGCUGCAAUAUUUCACAAGAUGUAAAUGCAUAAAUUUGUCUCUCUUUUUUUUUUAAGUCUGUUUCUUUCAAGUGUAUAUAAUUUGUUACUCUUCUAAAUUUCUUCAUCUUUUACAUUUUUUUUUCAUUCAACAGCCACGACCCAGCCCCUCAUUUUUCAUUCUUCCCGCUCAAUAGGCCUUUGACACAAACUAAUAUUUUCUUGAAGUUGUAAUAUGUCUUUCGACGCGACCGUAUCACUGUGGCAUUUUUAUGUUUGUGAAGCUUGUUUUGAAAACAAGUUUUAGAUUGCUAAUCUUAAACCAACAUUUGAAGAAAGGGCCCCAUGUUCAACAAGAACAGAGCCAUAGUCUUACACGCGGUGGUCAUAGAAGCACAUGUUUUUGGGAAAGGCUGAUAGUGUUAAGGGCUGUCUGGAAGAGGUCUAUGUAUGUAGAUAAUGGAACCUGUGUGUGCAUGUUACAGCUGCAUAGCCUGUGGCCAGUCUCUCCACACGUGUGUAAUGAAGUGUCACGACGGCCCCCAUCACCAUCCUCAGCUUGUCGUGUACGUUGCUUUGCAUCGUGGGACUGUUAUUCCUACAGAGCAGCAACACGAUGUGGUUAGUCAAACAACAAUAACAAGGGGCCUAAUUCGUCUCAGAUGUUUACUCAAGCAAUGUGGAAGCAAUCAGGGCCUGGAGGUUCACUGGUGCGUGUGCAGGACAGAGCUGUUUUUGGUGCAGUGAGUUUUAAUGCCGUAGCUGCGGGAUGCACUGUAGUGUGGACCAGUGUGUAUGGAGAGGAGGUCCUUCGCUGAAAGACAUCAAUUUCUCCAGUGCAGCUCAAACUUCAUUCCUGACACCUGUUAAUAGCCUUACAUCAUUUAGGAGUCAUGAUCUUGGCUCUCAUUUUCCAGCAUUCCACACCUCGUCAAUCACAAAUGGAAAGACAUUUUCUACUACUACUACUGCUGCUGCUGCUUCCCAGCUGGCCUUGAAAGCUGGAGCCGGACUCAGUUUUAUAAACUUUAACCCUUUUCAAAUUCAGUUUCCAUGCACUUCAUUUACCUUUUUUAAAAAAAUGUUAUUGAAUAAUGCAUUUAUUGUUUGUGUAUUGUUUUAUUACAUAAAGCCACUAGAGGUAGCUCUAUUCU